GAAAAACUUGAUUCCCCUUUUUUCUUUCUUACCCUCUCUUCAUCUUCUCUCUUGAUUUUAGCUUUUCUGUCCAGAUAUUUUCCUUUUUGUUUACUUCUCAUUAAUCAAUACUCAAAAGCUUGAAUAGCCCUUUUCGGCUUUUUGAGAUAUGAUUUCAGAUAAAUAUCAAAAUUUUAAUGUAGGGUUUUGUGGUUUCUAGAUUUCAGACCACUACACAUCUUGAAGAAGAAGAAGAAGAAAUAGAAAGAAGUAGAGGUUUGAUAUUAAUAUGUCUGGGUCAUCUUCAACUCCUUUCUUUGAAAUUAGAGAAGAAAAUCAAAACCAGAUGAAGCUGCAGCAUUCCUCAACAACAACUUCAUCUUCAGCUCCAGCUCCACCCACCCAGAAGAAAAAGAGAAACCAACCUGGAAACCCAAAUCCAGAUGCGGAGGUGAUAGCACUAUCUCCCAAGACCCUAAUGGCUACAAACAGGUUCAUAUGUGAGGUAUGCAAUAAAGGGUUUCAAAGAGAGCAAAACCUACAACUCCACAGAAGAGGACACAACCUGCCUUGGAAGCUAAAGCAGAAGACUACAAAAGAAGUGAAGAGGAAGGUGUAUCUGUGCCCUGAGUCCACAUGCGUCCACCAUGACCCUUCUAGAGCUCUUGGUGACCUUACUGGCAUCAAAAAACAUUACUCUAGAAAACAUGGUGAGAAGAAAUGGAAGUGUGAGAAGUGUUCUAAGAGAUAUGCGGUUCAAUCUGAUUGGAAAGCUCAUUCAAAAACUUGUGGUACUAGGGAAUACAGAUGUGACUGUGGUACUCUUUUCUCAAGGCGUGAUAGUUUUAUCACUCACAGGGCCUUCUGUGAUGCACUGGCUCAAGAAACUGCAAGACACCCACCCAGUUUGAGCACAAUUGGAAGCCAUUUAUACGGAAGUAGCAACAUGGGCUUAGGCUUAUCUCAAGUGGGUCCUCAAAUUUCAUCGUUAAAAGACCAAAACACUCAAUCUAAUGACAUUUUACGUCUCGGCGGUGGCUCAAGGGCAACGCAAUUUGACCAUCUCCUUCCUCCAUCCAUCGGUUCAUCGUCAUCAUUUCGCCCACAACAAACUAUGACUACAGCUGCCUUUUUCAUGCAAGAAUCCAACCAGAAUUACCAUGAUGAACACCAAUCUCAACAAGGUCUGUUGCCGAACAAACCAUUUCAUGGAUUAAUGCAGUUUUCUGAUCUUCCAAACAACGCAAAUAAUGCACACUCUUCAGCCAAUCUCUUCAACCUCAGCUUCCUCUCCAACAGUAGCACUACUACCAGCCUAAAUAACAGCAACAAUGCUAACAACACCAACGGCAACCUGCAAUCUUCAAGUUUAUUGAUCCCCAGUCACUUCAACAACGAGAAUGACACUGCUGGUGGAGGUGUAGAGGAGUCUAAUGUCUUCUCAAACAACUUAAUCAAUGAUCAAAUGAGCUCUGGCGUCCCUUCCCUUUUCAGUUCAUCAGUUCAAAACGAAAACAUGGUCCCUCAUAUGUCCGCCACAGCACUUCUCCAAAAGGCAGCUCAAAUGGGUUCAAGUUCAAGCAACAACACAGCGUCAUUGCUAAGGAGUUUCGGAAGCCCUCUUUCAAGCAAUAACAAGGCCAACUUCGGCGGCAUUUUUGGGGAAAAUGAUAACAAUCUUCAUGACCUAAUGAACACAUUUGCCGCCGGAAAUUCUUCAAUUUUCGGAACUGGGUCCGGAGAAGUGAAUGCAUACAGUAGCUUUGGCAACAUGGAUGAAGCGAAAUUGCACCAAAAUCUGAAUGCGGGCAUUGGUGGGUCUGAUAGAAUGACAAGAGAUUUUCUUGGAGUGGGGCAAAUUGUGAGAAGCAUAAGCGGUGGAUUUUCACAAAGAGAAAAACAGCAACAGCAACAACAACAACAUCAACAUGGAAUUUCCAUUGAUAUGAGCUCCUUGAAUUCAGAGAGAAACAUGGGAGCAGCGCCGCCAAGGGAAUCUUUUGGAGGAGGAGAAAGUUUCCAGUCAAGAAAAGGAUGACUUCAAGUACAGCUUCAUGAAGAUGCAUUCAUCUUUCUUCAUGAGAAGGAAAUUUCUUGUAUUCAGAUAGAUCUCUCAGGACGAAGGAGAUUUCUUGUACUUGACCAAGCACAGCAGCUUAAGUUUCUGGGAGCUGUGUUUUUCUUUUGUUUCCUCUCUAGUGUAAGUAGGGAUUCGACAAAUCUCUGUUAAAACGCCUUAACUUUCCAAUAGUUUUGUUUAUAUGGCGGCAUAGUACAGUCCGUUUUGUUUGCUUUUCGUUAUUGUGUUUCUUAAUGCAGCAGAAGUUACAAGUUUCUCAGA